ACUGAUGAUGAAUUUAUAGAUGAUUGUUCAGUGACUUGAGCUAACAGCGUCCGUCCAUACAUCCGGGUCGCUUCAAUUCACCAUGACUAAUUGUUGUACAUACAUUAUCAAUAUUCAUUAAUACACGACACGAUGGAGUCCCUUUUCCAUGGAGCAUGGAGUUUAAUAUUAAUUCUAUAUGGAACGUACCUUCAGGAAGAAGAGGGCAGAGUUUUUGUCACAUACAACAGGGGUAGAACCGUCACUUAUUCCUCUUACAGAAGGAGUCAAAAUAGCCAAAGUAAUUCUCGUCUGAUGUGGAUUUUUGUUGGCCUCUUUUUCGGAUCCAUAGUUCUAGUUCUACUGUGUUUCUUUUGUUAUAUCAAAUGUAAGAGAAAAACCCCAGAGACAGAGAACAAUACGGGAAAUGCAGUGUCAGUGGUACGAUUGCCAGAUACAAGAUAUGAUAUAAAUCCUCCUCCUAGCUAUUCCCAGACAGUACAAGACGGACACCGGACCCUCAAAGUAUCUGACGCAAAUAGCCCUCCUAGAUACAGUGAUAUCAUUAGUCCCCCGGGGAAUGUCGAGUCCACUCCGGGGUCAUGUACUUUGACGACAGAAUCCGUCAGUAGUCCAUCAGCUUCUGCCGCUCCCCGUGACAUCGAUAUCAGAUCACACGUGGAGACACAGACAGGUGGAUCAGACCCCGAGGACAGGUCAACAGCAGGAGACAGUGACGAACGAAAGGAAGAGGCACAUACCCCGACCCACGAUAAAGCAGGACUUAUUGACAAUGAAGUAGAUGGGUGACUGUGUUUAUAAUAAAGUUAAAAAAGCAACUCAUGAUGACUGAUGUGGUGUAAAAACUCUUUAUAAGAACACUAGUAUUGAUUUUGAUAAAAGAGAUCUUCCUUAUCUCCAGAAGUUUUAUUUGUAUCUCUAAUCACUUUUCUAUGAUCAAACAUGUUCAGAGGAUCUAAUAGAUAGUUGCGUGUAGAUCAAAGGGAGGGCACAAUUUCAAUGAAGUUAGAGUAAAUUUACCAGAAAACU